GAAAGAACGGGGCUCGAGGGUGGUGAACGUCGUGCAGUUUGGUGAAUGUGGUCAGGUCUGCUUUGCUGAAGGAGAUGCAGUGUGAGCAGUUGCACUGUCCAGGCAUGAUGGAGUGUCCUCAGAGGAGCUUGCAGGUGCUCGAGCUCAGGGAUGUCCGUGGCACUCAGGAGUUGCCGGAAAAGGACUCCGUGGCAGGGAUGCUGCUGGAGGCCAGUGAUGCUGAACAGGAGCUGUUUGAGGUGCAGAUUGUGUCUAUUAAGGAAGAGCUGUCUGAUGUAGAGGAGGCCAAAGAUGGGCCCUACCUGGAGGUGAACUGUAGUCACGUCAAGGAGGAAACUCUGAAGCCGAUCCAUGUCCACAGAGUGUUUCCUGUCUUUGGACUCUUUAGUGAUACAGAGUCAGAGCUGCCUGACCAGCAUGUGGAAUGUGCGCAAAACAAAGAGGAAGCUCUGAAGCCAAUCCACGUCCACAGGGUGUUCUCUGACUUUGGACUUUUAUGUGACGCACAGUCCGAUGACCAGUCAGGCACAUCUGGAGACAAAUACACGGAGGAUUCAGGGAAUGUCUCCUCAACUGUCCCAGAUUACUCUGGGCUCUGGGGACUGAGCUCCCUGCCACAGUUCUCUCUGUUCUUAGAUGAAAAUUGUGAGUCUGUCCAAAGCAGGGAGACUUCCAGGAUGUCUGGUUGCAUUGCCUCAGAUUGUUCAUAUGGCACGGUGACCUCUCAGCACCCCAAUAAUUUCUCCCACUCCAAACACUUGGAGGCAGACCACAGACCCUACUUUUGCAGUAUUUGUGGUAAGACCUUCCGGCGCAGGUGCCGCUUUAACUCCCACCUCAACGUGCAUCUUGGCGAAAAACCCUUCCACUGUACCCGCUGUGACAAGCGCUUCACCAUGCAGCUCAGCCUGGACAGACACCAACAGCAGUGCACAGGCCAGGCCAUCCGCCACUGCCCCUUUUGUGGUGACAUCUUCAGGAAUCUCAGUCACCUGCAGGGGCACAUGAUCAUCCACAAUGCGGAGAAGAGUUUUCAGUGCAGCCGUUGCGGACAGCACUACAGACAGUCUGACUAUUUAAAGAGGCACCAAACAGUUCUCACUGUGGACUCUCCCCACUACUGCUUGGAGUGUGAGAAAACCCUCAGGCUGCUGGGCGAGUGAGUUGAGCAGUCCUCUUCCAGCACAAGCUUCCAAUGGAUUUCAAAAACAAGAUAAAUUUUAAUUUGAACUGGCCAGUGUGUCAAUGGCUAAACUUAAUAAUGGCAUCCUUUUACCAAUUGUAUAUUGCUUCACUAAAUAUGAUUUGCUGUUCACCUCUAAUGUUAAUUUAUGUGAUUACAUUGACUUGAAUGUAACUUUUUAAUUAAUCAGAAAUCCUUUAAAGCUGAAGCCUUAACAGCUGAUGAACCAAAUGCUCAGUCAACAUAUAUGACUCAGGUCAUGCACUCCUUAACAGGGUUCUAGUUGAGCCAGCUUAAGAAAUGAAGCCAUCCAGUAUAUGCAGUAGUUGCACAAGCAGUUUUACUGUUUUUAGAUUGUUUCAUUAAAUGACAGUGCACUUAUAGUAAGUUCUUCAGAUGGGAUUUAAGAUUGGUGUCAGAGAACUGUCUUCAUGAGGACAGAGCCAAACUUUUUAGGAAAAUUACAUUGUAUAGAUGGUCCCUGCUGUAUUUAUUUUGCUGAUACAUGCUACUUAUUUGAGUUGUCUUACUGUAAGACAUAUUUACCCCGCAGCUACCUCACUAGACUGAGAAAGGAAUGCGUUAGCUUGAAAUCUAAGUUUACAAAAACAAAAAUGCAGGUUUCCCUUGCAUGACAGUUGCUUAUACUAGCUCAAUUUGGACUUGGCGGCAAAUGUAACAAAGUUUGCAUAACUAGCGAUCAACUGACAGUGUGAGAAACACCGCUGAGGAAAAAAUUCAAUUAAAAAUACUAGCUUUGGUGACAUUUAGCACCUGUACAUCUUGGUUGGUUUUUAUACAUGUGACCACUUGCAAGAAUCUCUCAGGUAUCUUAUUCAGCAAAACCAUCAUCUACCAUAAUAAUGAACCCUAAAGCACAAAAGUUUGAAAAUAGUUCUAAUAUGAAUGCAAAAGGCACAGGAAAGCCUUGUCUGUCAGUUUGAAACUUGAAGCAAUAAAAGGGGUAGAAUUUCGUUGAAAAGCAAUGUUAUUAUGAAUGACUGUGGAGUUUGAUUUACUGUUUAUCACAAACAUUAUGAAUGGCUCAGCACAGAGUACUUCCACAUGUUUACACUAAUUGCAGUAAUUACGAGAGUUGCCUUCUUAGUGUUCUUGUUACAAUAAUAUUUACAAACACACACACACACUGAAACUACUUGUUCCAAGCGGGGUCACAGCAAAC